CCGACUUAGACGUCUACCGCUUCAGUUUUGGCAAGAAUGACCUCGUUUAAGCUGCAGCCGCUGCUGCUGUUGCCCAUGCUGGCAUUCUACAUGUUCAUGGUUACGGCGCUAGAUUUUGACUCGGACUCGGGUUCUGCUCUUCGCGGCUCGUCUUCUACCGACGGCAUCGUCGGCAACAUUUCGGACUCCAUCGACGUCGGUCCCGGUAUUGCCGCUGUCAUCGCCAUUGUGGGCGGAGUUGCCAUGACCACGUGUGGCUACAAAUUGCUUCGUCCCACCAUGUUCGCCUGCGGCUUCCUCGUCGGUGGCUACAUCGUCUCUGCCAUCGUCGUGUACAUUGUGGAUGGCCGAUCGUACGAGCGCACAGCCUUCUGGAUCGCCUUCCUCGUUGGUGGUAUCGCUCUGGGUUGUCUCGUGGUCACGGUCUACAAUGCAGGCGUCUUCCUUAUCGGUGCGGCUGGUGGCGUGUUCCUGGCCACCAUCGUCAACGCGUCGUUCGGCUACAGAAUCUACCCGAACGACCCCACGACGGGUCUGCUCAUUAUGGCCAUUGUGUUUGGUCUUAUCUGCGGUCUGAUCGCCUUCAAGGUCGAGCGUCUCGCCAUCAUUGUGGCCACGGCACUGGUCGGCUCUGUGGUGUUAGUCAACGGCGCUGGUUACUUUAUUGGAGACUUCCCCAAGCUUACGGCUAUCAAGGACUACCGCCACAAGGACGAGGACGGUGACUACGUGUACGACAUCCCCAAGGAAUGGUGGGGAUACCUCGUGGCGAUGCUCGUGGUGUUCCUGCUGGGUCUCACCAUCCAGAUCAAGAAGACCGGCAAGUAA